UGCACUAGUCUUGCAGCGAUCAUUUGAGAGUCAGAUGCAAGGAUUUUUUACUUACAUAAGCCUGGAUUCAUAAGCAAAACCACAACAUUCCUGAACUUUGAAGAGAGCUCACUGUCUGGCACAACAUUUAGGUCCAAAGAGAAGGAGGAUUCUUUUUUUUUGAAGAUCUCAUUCCAGGGAGGAGAAUGAUAAAGCAGGUGCUGAUAGGGAUCGUGUGUGGUGCUGUCGUGCUGACUGUGGGCAUCCUAAUUGGCCACUAUGGCAUCACCAAGAGCAGCAGCUCCGCACCAUCCUGGGUGAAGGAUGUGGCGAAGGAUGUGGACGAGAGCUUCAUUGAGAAGUUCUUGUCUGAUGUGGACACCAUCCAAAUUCAAGAAAAUCUAAGGGAGUUGACCAAAGUGCCUCAUAUGGCCACCACAGCUGGAGACGAGCAGACAGUGCAGUAUAUGCUGAAGAGAUGGCAGGACCCUGACACUGGUCUGGACCAGGCCUGGAGAGAGGAGUACAUGGUGUACCUGUCCUUCCCGGACCCUAAGAACCCCAACAAGGUCACUGUGGUGGACCCAAAAAAUAAAGUGCUGCACACUGCCAGAGAAAAAGAGAAGAAUUAUAUUUCGGACCAGAACGAUCCUGAAGUGGUUCAGCCAUACGCUGCAUACUCCCCUGGUGGAAAUCCAAAGGGGAAACUGGUGUACGCCAACCAGGGGAAGCCAAGUGACUACCAGCUGCUGAAUGACACACUGGACCUGAGGGGAACCAUUGCUAUCACCAGAUAUGGCGGAGCAGGAAGAGCUGCGAAAGCCAUCAAUGCAGCACCCUAUGGAGUCAUUGGUGUGCUCGUCUACACGGACCCUUUGGACAUCAACGACGGUCUCAUGUCAGACAUCAAUGAGACGUAUCCUCACUCCUGGUACUUGCCACCCUCUGGUGUGGAGAGAGGUUCUUUUAAAACUGACUAUGGAGACAUGCUUACACCCUACUUGGCUGCCAAAGAGGACACUUACAGAAUUCCAAUCAAGAACAUCACAGGGAUCCCUCCCAUUCCAAUUCAACCAAUCGGAUUUGAGGACGCCUACACGCUCAUCUGCGCACUAGGUGGGGAACCAGCUCCAGAUACAUGGAGGGGCGCAUUCAACUGUACCUACAACUUUGGCGGCCCAGGGUUCAAGGAUGAUUCUGUUUUCAAAAGCAGUGAUGUGAAACUAGAGAUAUUCAACUAUGGAGAGAUGAAGAACUCCUCCAAUGUGAUGGGAGUUAUUAAAGGAAGUGUUGAGCCAGACAGGUAUGUGAUCUAUGGGAACCACAGGGACAGCUGGGUUCACGGUGCCAUCGACCCAAGCAGUGGGACAGCAGUCAUGCUGGAAUUGACCAGAGUGCUGGGCAAGAGGGUCAAGGAGGGCAGCUGGAGGCCUCGCAGGUCCAUUAUCUUUGGAAGCUGGGGAGCGGAGGAGUUCGGCCUUAUUGGGUCUGCAGAAUACACGGAGCAAUACUUCGCCAAGCUCAGUGAACGAGCUGUUGCUUACAUCAAUGUGGACAUAGCUGUUUUUGCCAACGCCACUCUCAGAGCUUCUGGGAUGCCAUCGCUACAGAACGUCAUCUUCAAAGCUGCAAAACAGGUCAAUACACCUGGACUGGACUCCACAUCUCUGUACGACAACUGGAUCCGAUAUGCCAACAAAACAAGCCAGGCCCAUGGACUUAUUCCCAAGAUGGGAUAUCUGACAGGAGCAGGGAGUGAUUACGCUGCCUUCGUCCAUUACCUGGGUAUCCCCUCCAUGGACAUUUCAUACACGUACGACCGGACUAAAACAAGUGCUCGGAUUUAUCCUGCGUACCACACAGCAUACGACACCUUUGACUACGCUUCAAAGUUUAUUGACCCAGGGUUUGUCAGUCACCAGGCCGUUGCCAGGACAGCAGGAAAUGUCUUGAUCCGACUGGCCGACAGCCUGGUGUUACCAUUAAACUGCAGUGACUACGCUGAGACUCUGGGUGACUACCUCAACACAGCAUUGGAACAAUAUCAGCAACAGCUGCAGGAUAAGAACAUCUCCAUGGAACCACUAAAACGUGCAGUGGACAGCUUUCGAAAGGCAGCUGCCGAUUUGGACCAGGAGAUCCAUCGUUCGGACCUGGCAAAUGAAACACCACUGAAGGUCAGAAGCAUCAACGACCAGCUCAUGCUGCUGGACCGAGCUUUCUUGGACCCUUUGGCCUUCCCAGAUAAAUACGCAUUCAGGCAUGUUAUCUGGGCUUCAAGUAGUGAGGGCAAGCCGACCUUCCCAGGCCUGGCUGAUGCUUUUGCUAAUGCUGAGUCAUCAGGAGAGUCCAGCGCCUGGGACAAUGUGCACUACCACCUAUCAGUCCUGAGCCAGGCCAUUGAGGGCGCUGCCCACACACUGACUAACGUCAUAUAGAGGACGAAGGAGGGAGGAACCGCACUCGCUGAGGGAUUUUUUUUUAUUUAUUUUUUGAUCAGGUCGACCAUGAUGCAACUAUUUAUGGAUGACAUUAAGUGAGGGUAUUUAGGAAUCACUGAACAGAGCUCACCAUCAGCCAGCAAUAAUGUAUAUUGUAUCUUUGUCACAGGAAUAAAAUAUUUAAAUAUGAUGAAUGUUUUUUAUAAAAGCACUUCAUUAAAGCUGAACCACUAUUAAAA